AUUGAGCCGAUGGGGACUGUGAGGGUGAAAGAGGAAAUUGAUGUGGGUUUUGUAGAGGCUGAGUUUUCAGCAGAGGAAAAGAGAGAUUUGAGUGGUGAAAAAAGAGAAGAGGAAAAGCAAGAGAUCGUUAAUGGAGCUGAGGCUGAAACUACGGUGGAAGCUGUGAGGGUGAAAGAGGAAAUUGAUGUAGAUUUUGCGGAGGCUGAGUUUUCAGCAGAGGAAAAGAGAGAUUUGAGUGGUGAAAAAAGAGAAGAGGAAAAGCAGGAGAUCGUUAAUGGGGCUGAGGCUGAAACUAGGGUGAAAGAGGAGCCUAAUGCGGCCAUACAUGAUAGUAUCAGGUGUUGUAAAACAAGAGUCAUCGAGUGUCGAAAGUGAUGAAAUGGCAGUUCCUAUAGAGGGUGAAAGAGAAGGGAGUGUUCUGAGAAAAUGCAAUGUGGGUGUUAGUGCGGUGGAGGUUGUGAAAGUGAAAGAAGAGCCCGCUGUGGGUUUUGUGGAAGGUGAGGGCCUUGGAGACGAAAAGAAGGAUCAAAGUUGUGGUGAAAGAUCAUUGGUUUUGGUGGGAAAAGUUGAAGAUUCUUUAAAUUUGAAGUGUCCUGAAAGGAAAGAAGAGGCUAAACAGGAGUUGUCAAGUUCGGUGAUGGCUGAAAUUAGAGUUAAAGAGGAGGCCGAAAUGGAAGUAACGAGCUGGGGUGAAGGCAGGGGCUAGAGUGAAGGAGGAGCCUAGUUUGGAUGCAGAGAAUAAAAGUGCGAUUGUAGUGAAGGAGGAAGUGAAGCAGUUGGUCAGUGUUCAGCCACUUAGUGCUAGGAAAUUGUCUGAUGACGAAUACAGAAGGAUGCAAUUGGCGCGUAAUGGACGUAAUGCUAAAAGAGCGAGGCCUGCGGAGAAUGCCUUAAGUGCGGUGGUGAUUGAGGAUGGUGAUUUUCCGGAGGAGCCGGGCUGGAUGUUGGUGGGGAGGACAGUGGUUACGGGGAUCUCAACGACAAAGGGCAGGAAAUUGGAGAAUAAUGAGAUUGUGCAUUUUGCCUUUCCAGGUCCUAACACAAGAACUAAGAUUAGCACCCAUUUUAUGAGUUCAAAGGCUGCUAAUGCUGCCUCCAGCAUUGUUCGUUUCUCAACAAAGAGAUAUGGAGAGAUUGGUCGUUUACCAAUGGAAUGGGCCAAAUGCCUUAUUCCACUUGUAAAUUCAUCAAAGGUGAAAGUUCUUGGCCGUUGUGUGGCUGCUCCAGUUAAUCUUUGCAUGAUGCAAGAGAUAAUGUUGUAUGUGAGCUUCUAUAUUCAUGAAACCGUCUUUUCGGAAGUUGAUAAAUCAUGGAAGCUUGAGGCUACAAACAUUGAUGCCACCAUAUAUCCUCUCUUGAAGUUGUUUGAACUGCUAAAAGUCAGGCCAUUUCAAAAGGCACAGUUCACACCAGAAGAACUUGACUCUAGAAAGCGCUUACUACAAUUAGAUGAUGAUUCAGACAACACUGCCUCUCUGUUGCCUUCAUUAAAGAUAAGAAGGGCCUCUCAAGAUCAUAAGAUCCAUGAAAAUCAUGAGCAAGUUAUUUCAGAAUCAUCCUUGAAUAGGCUUGUUGGUGCUGUAGAUACGUAUAACUUGGAGGAGAUGGAGCCUGCAGAGACUCUUGCUUGUGAUUUGAGGCCAUACCAGAAGCAGGCUCUUUAUUGGAUGUCUGAAUUAGAGAAAGGUGCAAAUCAUGAGGAAUCUGAGAAGACCCUUCAUCCGUGCUGGGCAGCUUAUCGUGUGUGUGAUGAGCGAGCUCCGGAGAUUUAUGUGAACCAAUUUUCUGGGGAAGCAACUACAGAAUUUCCAAAUGCCAUGCAGAUGGCUAGAGGAGGGAUUUUGGCAGACGCAAUGGGACUCGGGAAGACUGUAAUGACAAUUGCUCUGAUACUAUCGAGAAGAGGCCACGGCAUUCCGGAUGAUCAAAAAGUCGUCGCUGAUGGGGGUUCAAAUGAUAUCAAUAAUAGCCAAAGGAGUUCUAACAGCCUGAGGAGAAAGAAAGGUGGCACUCUAAUUGUUUGUCCGAUGGCUUUACUUAGCCAAUGGAAGGAUGAGCUUGAAGCCCAUUCGAAACCAGAUAGCAUCACAGUCUUUGUUCAUUACGGCGGGGACAGAACUGGUGACCCUAAGGUGCUAGCAGAACCUGAUGUUGUCUUGACCACAUAUGGUGUACUGACUGCUGCAUAUAAAAGUGAAAAUAUUAACAGCAUUUACCACAGAGUAGAGUGGCAUCGUGUGGUUCUAGAUGAAGCUCAUACAAUCAAAUCAUCAAAGACUAUAGCUGCUAAGGCUGCAUUUGCAUUGUCCUCAUAUUGCCGCUGGUGUCUUACUGGUACUCCCCUUCAGAACAAUUUGGAAGACCUGUUCAGCCUUUUGUGCUUCUUGCAUGUUGAACCAUGGUGCAAUUGGGCCUGGUGGAACAAGCUGAUUCAGAAGCCUUAUGAUAAUGGUGACAUGAGAGGAUUGCAAUUGGUGAAAGCAAUUCUCAAACCCCUUAUGUUGAGGAGAACAAAGGAGUCUAAGGAUAAACAAGGAAGGCCCAUACUUGUUCUACCACCAACUGAUGUCAAGGUCAUUGAGUGUGAACAAUCUGAAGCCGAGCAGGACUUUUAUGAUGCUCUUUUCAGGAGAUCUAAAGUACAAUUCGACCAAUUUGUUGCUCAAGGAAAGGUUCUCCAUAACUUUGCAAAUAUUCUCGAGCUGCUACUUCGACUGAGGCAAUGUUGCAACCACCCUUUCCUAGUUAUGAGUCGAGCUGAUACAACAGCUUAUUCGGACUUGAACAAACUGGCGAGGAGGUUCCUCCAAUCUAACUCUGAUGCAGGCUGUGGAACUGGCCCUUCUCGAGCGUAUGUUGAAGAAGUUGUUGAAGGUCUUCGCAAUGGUGAAAAUGCUGAAUGCCCCAUUUGCCUAGAGUCUUCAGAUGACCCUGUGUUGACGCCCUGUGCGCAUAGGAUGUGCAGAGAAUGUCUUCUCUCUAGCUGGAGGACUCCAGCUUCCGGGGUCUGCCCCAUUUGCAGGCAGAUGAUCAGUAAAUCUGAUCUCAUCACGUGCCCAUCUGGAAACAAAUUCAGAGUUGAUGUUGAAAAGAACUGGAAGGAAUCAUCAAAGAUAUCCAAACUCUUGGAGUGCUUAGAAAAGAUUCGCAGCUCGGGUUCUGGUGAAAAGAGCAUAGUAUUCAGCCAGUGGACUUCAUUCUUGGAUCUCUUGGAAAUUCCACUCAGGAGGAGAAAUUUUGGAUUCUUGAGAUUUGAUGGGAAGUUGGCGCAGAAACAACGAGGGAAGGUCCUCCAUGAGUUUGCUGAGAGUCAAGAAAAAACGGUACUGUUGAUGUCGCUUAAAGCAGGUGGCGUGGGCUUGAAUCUGACUGCUGCUUCAAAUGUCUUCCUAAUGGAUCCAUGGUGGAAUCCUGCAGUAGAGGAGCAAGCAAUCAUGCGAAUUCACCGGAUUGGCCAAAAGCUGACUGUUCGUGUUAGAAGAUUCAUUGUCAAGGACACCGUGGAAGAGCGACUGCAGCAAGUUCAAGCACGAAAGCAACGGAUGAUUGCCGGCGCCCUGACUGACGAAGAAGUCCGAUCGGCCAGGAUCGAGGAACUUAAGAUGCUGUUUAGAUAAAUUUAGUCUAGUCUACAUAUUUGUGUUUCCCUGUAGUUCCAUUAGAUUAAUUUGGAGCUUUGAGGAAAACAUCUAUGUUUUAGUACAGGGCCAAUUUUGUACACAGUUUCACUUCUGCUUUGGUUGUAUAGCCCUACUGACAUUGCAAGCUUUUGUAGCUUCUAUUUAUCAGAUUGAAUGAUCAAUUUUUCGAUCUUUAAA